AUGGGGUCCAACCGGCGCCCCUUUCAAAAGGGGGGGGUCCCACCCCCGGGGCCCCUUUUUCCCGGGAAAAAGGGUUUGGGGUCCCACGAGCGGGCCCCUUUUUUAAGGUUUUGGGUUAAGGGGCCCCCAGAAGGUUUGGGCCCCAAGCCCCUUUCCCGUUUUGGGGCCCCGGUCGCCCCCAGACAGGGGCCCCACCUGGCCCCUUCAGAUGGGGGGCCACGGGCGCCCCUUUUUCAGAAGGGGGGUCCCACCGGGCCCCCCCUUUCAGAUGGGGGUCCCACCGGGCGCCCCCCCAGGAACCGGGUUUUUGGCCAAGGUCCCCCCCCAGAGGGCCCCCACUGGCCCCUUUAUAGGUUUAGGAAGCAAAACCCGUACAAAUAUCACUGGAUCAGCCACCCCAAAAAGUCCCCCAUUUCCUUCUUUAUUUACGGGCAGAGAAGCGUCAGGAAACCCUGCCUGGGGCCCUUUUCUGGCAAUUUCCCCCCGCGGGAACGAACCCCCAAAAGGGAACCAGUUGGCGGUCGACCAAAAGAAUUGAACCCCCUCCUUCCAAACGUAUUUGGGGUCGCCCCCCAACGAAGGGCAAAAAUUCACUAGGUUCUAUCAGUAUAGGGAGGUCAGCCAACCCCAAAAGCAGAACCCUUUCAAAAGGCCCCAUCUAUCAGUAAUUUGGGAGGUUUGCCACCAGGAAACAGAGAACCCUGGGACUAAAGGCCAAACUAUCAUAUAGGCAGGGCACCCCCAAGGUCAGAAACCCUUUUCAAAUAGGCCUAUCUUUGUAUGGGAGGUCAGCCACCCCAAAAGACGAACCCCGCCCCUAGGCCAAACAUCAGUUAGGGAGGUCAGCCACCCGACAGACAGCAGAAAACCCCCCACUAAGGGCCCAUCUACAGUAUAGGAGGUUUAGCCAAAAAGACCGGCAAACCCUGCACUUUUUGGGCCAUCUAUCGUAUAGGCAGGGCACCCCCCCAAAAGACAGGAAACCCCGCCCCUAGGGGCCCACUAUCAGUAAAGGGAGGGGCAGCCACCCGACCGGGCAGAACCCUGCACUAGGGCCCUUUUAUCUUAAAAGGGAGGUCAGGGCCCCCAGAAAAGACAAAAAAAACCGGCCCUAGGGCCCAUCUACAGUAUAGGCAGGUCAGCCAAACCCGACAGAGAAAAAACCCGCACUAGGCCUAUCUAUCAGUUUGGCAGGGGCAGCCCCAACAACAAACCGCACUAGGGCCCACUAUCAGUAAGGCAGGUCAGCCACCAACAGCCCGAACCCUGCACAGGGCCCAUCCAGUAUAGGCAGGUUUAGCCAACCCGACAGAAAAAACCCGCACUAGGCCCAUCUAAUCAAAUAAGGAAAAUAGCCCCAAAGCCAACCCUCCUAGGCCCACAUCAUAUGGCAGGUCACCACCAAGGGGCAAGACAAAACCCCGGGACUAGGCCUAAACUAUCAGUAUAGGCCGAUCCCCCCCCAGACAGUCAGAACCCCCCAAAAUGGCCCAUCUAUCAGUUUUAGGCAGGUCGCCCCAGACAGGCAGAAAACCUCCCCAGGCCUAUCUAUCGUUAGGCAGGUCACCCCCAGGAAAGUUUAGAAACCCCCACUAGGCCAUCUAACAGUAUAGCAGGUCGCCCCCCGACAGACAGAAAACCCCGCACUAGGUAUCUAUCAGUAAAAGGCAGGGGGAGCCCCAGAAACAUCAGGAAAACCUUCACAGGCCCUAUCUAUUUAUAGGCAGGUAAACCACCCGGAAAAAGUCAGAAAACCCCGCCCCUAAAGGGCCAUCUAUCAGUAUAGGCAGGUCAGCCCCAGACCAGUCAGAACCCCCAACUGGCCAUCUAUUUUUUAUAGGGGGUCAGCCCCCAGACCACCCGAACCCUUCAUGGCCCAUCAUCAGUAUAGGCAGGUCAGCCCCAACGCAGAAACCCUUGCCAACUAUCCUAACCAAUCGUAUUGCAAGUCGCCAAACCCAAAGCAGGGCCUUAAUAGGCCAAAAUUUUACCGGGGGUUUGCAUUUAUCCACCAGCAACAAGAACCCUUUCACAGGGGCCCUUUACCGUUAGCGGGUAAACCCCCAAAAAAGGGCCCCGAAUUAGGCCUUCUCUUUUUUUUCCCGGAAUUAAACCAAAAGGCGGGGGGAAGGCCCUUAUAUUAAUGGGGGAGGCAGCCAAAACCCCCGGGGAAACCCCCAGAGGCUUUUAUUUAGUUUUAAACCAUUUGGGGGCCCCCAACCAAAUUUGAAAACCCCCCCUAGGGGCCCCCCUUCAUUUAAAACAGGUUUAAAAAUCCCCAGGGUCAGAACCCUUUAAUUUUAUUUUUUAAAAACCUAAGGGCCCCCGAGCCCCCAAAACAGUUUAAAACCCUGGGGACAGGCCUUUUUUAUUUAUUUAAAUUUUGGGGCCCCCAGACCCAAAAAGAAAACCCUCCUAGGGCCCCCCUUAAAAUAUUAGAAAAACACCCCCUACAUUUUAACCUUUUAAUUAAAAACCUAUCCUUUAGGGGCCCUCAACCCAAGACAUUUUAAACCCUCCCAGGGGGCCCCCCUUUCAUUUUAUUCAGUUUCCCCCCUUUAGGGUCCCCAAAGGCCUUAAAUUUUUCAGUUUUUAAAUUUCCCCGGGGCCCCCAGACGUUUAAACCGAAAACCCCCUUUUUCAGGGGCCCAAAAGCCUUCCCAAAUUCGGAAAAAAAUCCCUAGGGGGAUCAAAGUUCAUUUAACCCGAAACCCAAACCCUGGGGCCCCCAGGCUAUUUAUUUAGUUUUUUUAAAAACCUCCGGGGUCCCGACGCAUUUUAAAUUCAUUUUAAAAAAAUUUCUCUUGGGCCCCGCACCCCCAAAAAGUUUUUAAAAACCCUCCUUGGGGGCCCUCCUUCAUUUUACAGGUUUAAAACCCCCCUUUUAGGGGGCCCCUAGGCCUUCAUUAUAUUCCGUUUUUAAAAACCCUUCCCGGGGGCCCCAGGACUUCAUUAAAUUUAGGGGGGGGGGGGGGGGGGGGGGGGGGGGGGGGGGGGGGGGGGGGGGGGGGGGGGGGGGGGGGGGGGGGGGGGGGGGGGGUUUUUUUUUUUUUUUUUUUUUUUUUUUUUUUUUUUUUUUUUUUUUUUUUUUUUUUUUUUUUUUUUUUUUUUUUUUUUUUUUUUUUUUUUUUUUUUUUUUUUUUUUUUUUUUUUUUUUUUUUUUUUUUUUUUUUUUUUUUUUAAAAUUCCCCCUCCUUUUUUAAAAAAAAGGGGGCCCUCAGACGUUCAUUAUAUUCAGUUUAAAACCUCUCCUCAGGGCCCCCAGACGUUCAUUAUAUUCAGUUUAAAACCGCUCCUCAUGGCCAUCCUAGACGUUAAUUAUAGUUCAGUUAAAACCUCUCCUCAAGGGGCCCCAGACGUUCAUUAUAUUCAGUUUAAAAUAUCUCCUCAGGGGCCAUCAGACGUUCAUUAUAUUCAGUUUAAAAUCUCUCCUCAGGGGCCCCCAGACGUUCAUUAUAUUCAGUUUAAAACCUCUCCUCAGGGGCCCCCAGACGUUAAUUAUAUUCAGUUUAAAAUCUCUCCUCAGGGGCCAUCAGACGUUCAUUAUAUUCAGUUUAAACCUCUCCUCAGGGGCCAUCAGACGUUAAUUAUAUUCAGUUUAAACCUCUCCUCAGGGGCCCCCAGACUUUCAUUAUAUUCAGUUUAAAACCUCUCCUCAGGGGCCAUCAGACGUUAAUUAUAUUCAGUUUAAAACCUCUCCUCAGGGGCCCCCAGACGUUCAUUAUAUUCAGUUUAAAACCUCUCCUCAGGGGCCAUCAGACGUUCAUUAUAUUCAGUUUAAAACCUCUCCUCAGGGGCCAUCAGACGUUCAUUAUAUUCAGUUUAAAACCUCUCAGGGGCCAUCAGACGUUCAUUAUAUUCAGUUUAAAACCUCUCAGGGGCCAUCAGACGUUCAUUAUAUUCAGUUUAAAACCUCUCCUCUGGGGCCCCAGACGUUCAUUAUAUUCAGUUUAAAACCUCUCCUCUGGGGCCAUCAGACGUUCAUUAUAUUCAGUUUAAAACCUCUCCUCAGGGACCCCUAGACGUUCAUUAUAUUCAGUUUAAAACCUCUCCUCAGGGGCCCCCAGACGUUCAUUAUAUUCAGUUUAAAAUCUCUCCUCAGGGGCCAUCAGACGUUCAUUAUAUUCAGUUUAAAACCUCUCAGGGGCCAUCAGACGUUCAUUAUAUUCAGUUUAAAACCUCUCCUCUGGGGCCCCCAGACGUUCAUUAUAUUCAGUUUAAAACCUCUCCUCUGGGGCCAUCAGACGUUCAUUAUAUUCAGUUUAAAACCUCUCCUCAGGGACCCCCAGACGUUCAUUAUAUUCAGUUUAAAACCUCUCCUCAGGGGCCCCCAGACGUUCAUUAUAUUCAGUUUAAAAUCUCUCCUCAGGGGCCAUCAGACGUUCAUUAUAUUCAGUUUAAAACCUCUCCUCAGGGACCCCCAGACGUUCAUUAUAUUCAGUUUAAAACCUCUCCUCAGGGACCCCCAGACGUUCAUUAUAUUCAGUUUAAAACCUCUCCUCAGGGACCCCCAGACGUUCAUUAUAUUCAGUUUAAAACCUCUCCUCGGGGGCCAUCAGACGUUCAUUAUAUUCAGUUUAAAACCUCUCCUCAGGGACCCCCAGACGUUCAUUAUAUUCAGUUUAAAACCUCUCCUCGGGGACCCCCAGACGUUCAUUAUAUUCAGUUUAAAACCUCUCCUCAGGGACCCCCAGACGUUCAUUAUAUUCAGUUUAAAACCUCUCCUCAGGGGCCAUCAGACGUUCAUUAUAUUCAGUUUAAAACCUCUCCUCAGGGACCCCCAGACGUUCAUUAUAUUCAGUUUAAAACCUCUCCUCAGGACCCCCAGACGUUCAUUAUAUUCAGUUUAAAACCUCUCCUCAGGGACCCCCAGACGUUCAUUAUAUUCAGUGUAAAACCUCUCCUCAGGGACCCCCAGACGUUCAUUAUAUUCAGUGUAAAACCUCUCCUCAGGGACCCCCAGACGUUCAUUAUAUUCAGUGUAAAACCUCUCCUCAGGGACCCCCAGACGUUCAUUAUAUUCAGUUUAAAACCUCUCCUCAGGGACCCCCAGACGUUCAUUAUAUUCAGUUUAAAACCUCUCCUCAGGGACCCCCAGACGUUCAUUAUAUUCAGUUUAAAACCUCUCCUCAGGGACCCCCAGACGUUCCAUGUAUUUGAACCAUUCCAGAGCUAGCAGACCUGAUUCAACUUGUCAACGAAUCAUCAAGCCCUUGACUACUUCAAUCAGGUGUGUUAGUUCAGGGAGGCCAACCAUCCUCCAGGAGAGAUGCUGGGUGUGCAGGCUUUUGCUCCAGCCCUGCUCUUAGUGGUUAAGAGCGUUGUGCCAGUAACCGAAAGGUCGCUGGUUCUAAUCCCCGAGCCGACUAGGUGAAAAAUCUGUCGAUGUGCCCUUGAGCAAGGCACUUAACCCUAAUUGCUCAUGUAAGUCGCUCUGGAUAAGAGCGUCUGCUAAAAAAUAAAAAAUAAAAUAAAAAUAAAAAUAAUUUAAAAAAAACACCACAUUGUAAAAAAUCAGCUGCUCAACAGGACUUUGAUAAGCAGACUGGUGUGUUUUGAGCAGGGUUGGAUCAAAAGCCUGCACACCCAGUAGCUCUCCAGAUGGAGGGUUGACGGACCACAUGUGUUUUUAUCAGUGCAGUAUUUUACUUUGUGGGGGGUUAAGUGCCUUGUCAAUACCAGUGAUAAUAAUGAAGGUUAUUUAAUGAAGUGGUUCCUUGCAUCAUACAACACCAUUUUCAGUCUCCUUUUUGUCCCUAUGGUGAUACAGACCUUUUUGGGGACAAGUACCUUGAGCUUUCGGACAAGUAACAAAUCAGUCCUACUUGUCCGAGCACAUCAGAGUAGAGUACAGCAGAGUAGAGUACAGCAGAGUAGAGUAUAUACAGUAGUACAGAGUAGAGUACCGCAGAGUAGAGUAUAUACAGUAGUACAGAGUAGAGUACAGCAGAGUAGAGUACAGCAGAGUAGAGUAUAUACAGUAGUACAGAGUAGAGUACAGCAGAGUAGAGUAUAUACAGUAGUACAGAGUAGAGUACAGCAGAGUAGAGUACAACAGAGUAGAGUACAGCAGAAUAGAGUAUAGUAUACAGUAGUACAGAGUAGAGUAAAGUAGAGUACAGCAGAGUAAGAGUAGCAGAGUAGUACAGUAGUACAGAGUAGAGUACAGCAAGUAAGUAAUACAGAGUAGAGAUAAGCAGAUAGAGUAACAAGCAGAGUAGAGUACAGCAGAGUAGAGUAUACAUAGUACAGAGUAGAGUAACAGAGUAGAGUACAGUAGUACGAGUAGUACAGAGUAGAGUAAGCAGAGUAGAUACAGCAGAGUAACGAGUAGAGUUAUAUACAGUAGUACAGAGUAGAGUACAGCGAGUAGAGUUAUACAGUAGUCAGAGUAGAGUACAGCAGAGUAGAGUAUAUACUAGUCAGAGUAGAGUACAGCAGAGUAGAGUACAGCAGAGUAGAGUACAGCAGAGUAGAGUAUAUACAGUAGUACAGAGUAGAGUACCGCAGAGUAGAGUAUAUACAGUAGUACAGAGUAGAGUAUAUACAGUAGUACAGAGUAGAGUACAGCAGAGUAGAGUAUAUACAGUAGUACAGAGUAGAGUACAGCAGAGUAGAGUAUAUACAGUAGUACAGAGUAGAGUACAGCAGAGUAGAGUAUAUACAGUAGUACAGAGUAGAGUACAGCAGAGUAGAGUAUAUACAGUAGUACAGAGUAGAGUACAGUGCUGUACAGUAAAUCUGCACAGUUCUUCCAGUAAAUGUGUUAUUGGAAAAUGUUCAGUGUAAAUAGUUAAAAGCAGUCCUUAUAGAGUUGUAUGGUUUGUUAGACUUUGAAAUCAAUGAUUUCUGUUUGGCAUCCAUUUGAAGUGAAAGUCAAGAGUCUCAGUGCAAUUCAAUUAGGUGGAAUUAUCCCAUUCUAUUCUAGAUCUUCAUCUUUCUCUCCUCCUCCUCCUCUCCUCUCCUCUCCAGUGUUCCUAACUCGUGCCCGGCCAGUCCGAGGGGUGCGGGGUCAUCGGGUUAUCGCUACGGACGCAACGUGACCUCCGACCUCCAGCUGGCUGCAGAGUUCGCUGCAAAGGCUGUCUCCGAGCAACAGAGGGGCGUUGCCGAGCAACAGGGAGAGUCCGGCGGCGGAGACAGCCCCAGGGUAUACCUCACUCCGUGUGUGUGUGUCUACUGUGUGUGUGUGUGUGUGUGUGUGUGUGUCUACUGUGUGUGUGUGUGUCUAGUGUGUCUAUUGUGUGUGUGUCUAUUGUGUGUGUGUCUAUUGUGUGUGUGUAUCUACUGUGUGUGUGUGUAUCUACUGUGUGUGUGUGUAUCUACUGUGUGUGUGUGUGUGUAUCUACUGUGUGUGUGUGUGUGUGUUAACCCCCCUCUCCUCUCUUAUCCAGGAUGAGUCCAAGUCCUACCUACCAGUGUCGGCCUACGUCUGACAUACGAUGCAGGUGUACUACUCUAGUGAUGCUACUCCGAGGGGACGGGCAAAAACCCCCCCAGAAUCCCCCUAUUGGGAUGCGGGAAAUAAACCCCCCAAAAAUUUAUUGUCCCCUGAAAAGGUUUUUCCCACAUGGGAAAUCCCCCCCGGGACCCACGGAACACACACAGACCCCUUCCCCCUACCUUUCCCUCUUAAACCCUCCCAGCACAAAACCCCCUCCCGCCGCAAAAGGGGGUAAUAAAUCCCAACACUACCCCACUCCGUACCGUGACAAGGCUGGAGGUACUACAAAACCCAGAACUAUACCGUACGUGACAGGAGUACAGUAAACAUACGUCACUAGUAUAACGUGUGAGGGGGGGCUAGUAACAACUGAUACAGCUACUAAAACCCCUCACUACUGAGUGAAAGGCUCGGGAUUCAUCAUCCACUUCAGCCUACCUAUCCUCCUUCUACCGGACCGGCUGAUCAUGGUAUCUACGUACGCAACUACCUUCCGUCGCUGCUGGCUACACUACAGAGGGCUUCACCCCCCCUAUACCUCCUCGGUGGGUCUACCCCGUCCCCUAGUUUGUGGGUUGUUUCCCCUACUGUGCUGGGUUAACCCAGACAUUACUGUGGGCGGUGGCAGGUAUACAUGAACCCCUACUGUUGUGAGGUACUACUUCCGAACCCCUACUACGUCGUGACGGUAAUCAAUAGUCCUUUAGUGCUGACGGUUAAAAACCCCCGCUACGCCUUACCGUACCGCUGAAGGUCAUACCUCCCAGCUACGCCCACUCCGUACGCUGCAGGAACUCACAUCACCGGGCCCACUACCCUACUACUACGGACAGGUAACACACAUCACCAGACACUACCCCUACUACCGUUACCGCUGACAGGUAAUUUAAACCACAUCACCAGACGACUACCCCUUACCGUACCGCUGCAGGUAACUAACUCACCAGAACUACCCCACUACCGUCGCUGGCAGGUAUACACAUUCACCAGACAUACCCCUACUACCGUACCGCUGACAGGUAACUACACAUCACCGGGACACUACCCCUACUACCGACCGCUGCAGGUAACUACACAUCACCAGACACUACCCCUACUACCGUACGCUGACAGGUAACUACACAUCACCAGACACUACCCCUACUACCGUACCGCUGACAGGUAACUACACAUCACCAGACACUACCCCUACUACCGUACCGCUGACAGGUAACUACACAUCACCAGACACUACCCCUACUACCGUACCGCUGACAAGGGCUGGCAGGUAACUACACAUCACCAGACACUACCCCUACUACCGUACCGCUGAAAAGGUAACUACACAUCACCAGACACUACCCCUACUACCGUACCGCUGACAGGUAACUACACAUCACCAGACACUACCCCUACUACCGAAACCGCUGACAGGUAACUACACAUCACCAGACCCUACCCCUACUACCGUACCGCUGACAGGGUAACUACACAUCACCAGAACACUACCCCUACUACCGUACCGCUGACAGGUAACUACACAUCACCAGACACUACCCCUACUACCGUACCGCUGACAGGUAACUACACAUCACCAGGGACACUACCCCUACUACCGUACCGCUGACCAGGUAAACUACACAUCACCAGACACUACCCCUACUACCGUAACCGCUGACAGGUAACUACACAUCACCAGACACUACCCCUACUACCGUACCGCUGACAGGUAACUACACAUCACCAGACACUACCCCUACUACCGUACCGCUGACAGGUAACUACACAUCACCAGACACUACCCCUACUACCGUACCGCUGACAGGUAACUACACAUCACCAGACACUACCCCUACUACCGUACCGCUGACGGGUUUAAACUACACUUUCACCAGACACAUACCCUACUACCGUACCGCUGACAGGUAAACUACAACAUCACCAGACACUACCCCUAUACCGUUACCGCUGACAGGUAAUAACACAUCACCAGACACUACCCCUACUACCGUACCGCUGGAACAGGUAACUACACAUCACCAGACACUACCCCUACUACCGUACCGCUGACAGGUAACUACACAUCACCAGACACUACCCCUACUACCGUACCGCUGACAGGUAACUACACAUCACCAGACACUACCCCUACUACCGUACCGCUGACAGGUAACUACACAUCACCAGACAUUACCCUACUACCGUACCGCUGACCAGUUAAAAAGAAACCCCGAAAUAACUACACAUCACCAGACACUACCCUACUACCGUACGCUGACGGUAACUACACAUCACCAGACACUACCCCUACUACCGUACGCUGACAGGUAACUACACAUCACCAGACACUACCCCUACUACCGUACCGCUGACAGGUAACUACACAUCACCAGACACUACCCCUACUACCGUACCGCUGACAGGUAACUACACAUCACCAGACACUACCCCUACUACCGUACCGCUGACAGGUAACUACACAUCACCAGACACUACCCCUACUACCGUACCGCUGACAGGUAACUACACAUACCAGGACAUACCCUAUACCGUCCGCUGACAGGUAACUACACAUCACCAGACAACUACCCCUACUACCGUACCGCUGACGGGUAACUACACAUCACAGCACAUCCCCUACUACCGUACCGCUGGACGGGGGAAUACCAAAAUCACCAGACACUACCCCUACUACCGUACCUAAACCAGGAAGGUAACCAGGUUUUUGAUGGAAGAUUGUUGUCCCUCUACCAAGUAAAUAAAAACUGUUUCUUGUGUAAAUCCCAAAGUAACACCAGCUGUCCUCCCUCCUCCGUUCCCAGAACUCCAUCCGCCACAACCUGUCCCUGAACCGUUACUUCCUGAAGGUGGCUCGGAGCCAGGAGGAGCCUGGGAAAGGUAGUUUCUGGCGCGUGGACUCGGCCUCAGAGGGGAAGCUGGUGGAGCAAGCCUUCAGGAAGAGACGGCAGCGGGGCGUGGCCUGCUUCCGCACGCCGUUCGGACCGCUCUCAUCCAGGUACGACCCCUGACCUCUGAACCCCUGGCCUUAGGUAACGCAGCUGAUUCAGCUAAAGAAGGUUGUGAAACAACUGUAGAGAACCCCGGUUUUGUUGUUGCAGGGUGGAGGGAAAACCUGAUACACAGUAGCCUCUCUUUAGACCCUUCUCCUUGAUGUAGUAUGACCUGUAAACCCUCAGUUAAACAGUUAUAAUCUGUAUAUGUAAACUCCACUCUCUCUCUUCUCUCUCUCUCUCUCUCUCUCUCUCUUGUACUUUCUCUUAUCUCUCAUUCUUUUCUCUCUAUCUCUAUCUUACUCUCUCUCUCUCUCUUUCUCUCGAAAGUUCUACUUCUUUUCUAACUCUCUCUGCUCUUGCUCUCUUCAUUCCUCUCUCGUAUCUCUCAUCUCUCUUCUGUACUUAUAUACUCUCUCUGGUCUUUCUCUGUAUAUACUCUCAUCUCUCUCUUACUUAUCUCCGUCUUUUUCUCUUUUAUCUCUCUUAUGUUAUCUUUCUCUUCUGUUUCUCCUAUCUAACCUCCUCUCUCUCUCUUCUCUCUCUCUCUCUACUCUCUCAUUACAUAUAUCUCUGUUCUCUGUCUCUCUCUCUCUCUAUCUUCUGUCUCUCUAUUCUUCGUCUCUCUUCUCUAUCUGUUCUUCUGAUCAUCUUCGCUCUCUAAUUUUCUGACUCUUCUUCGUCUGUUAAUCCUAUCAUCUUCUCUCUGCUCUGUCUCAUUGAUUAUUGACUACUUGUCUUGCUCUCUUGUUAGGUGUCUUUUUUGUGUCGUUUGGAGUGCGUCGCUGUCUGUGAGUUCUCUCUUCUUACGGGGUUAGUUGAUGAGGGGUUGGAACAUCCUGCGUGUUUUCUGCUCUUCUCUAUCUCUUCUGUCUCCAUUUCAUCUGUUCUCUAGUUAACUUUGUUCUCUCUCUCUCUCCUCUGUAUGUUAUGAACAGCGUUUAAUCUGCAGUUGUGUGUUUACUGAGGUUUUUUAGACGUAGGGGUCUGAGGUGUUGCUUCUGUUCUAAAGACCUUAGUGUUGCUUGAGUUAGUGUGUUUAGAAGGAGUUUUGGGUUCAUGGCGUGUUUACUGAGUGUUUGACCUGAUGAGUUAUGGUUUAUGACGGCCGUGUUGACUGAGUAGGUGUUUUGAGGGACUUGAUAGGUAGUGUUAGUGGGACUCUGAGUUGUGUUUGGGCGUCUACUGAAGUACAAGCUUUUGACUUGAGUUAGUGUGUUUUACUGAAGGACGUGUUUGACUUGAGUUAGUGUGUUUUACUGAAGGACCGUGUUUGACUUGAGGUUUUGGGGGGUUUUUCUGGAAAAGGGGGCCCUGUUUGAAAUUUAGUUAGUUUUGGUUUUUUACGAAGGACCGUGUUUGACUUGAGGGUUUGUGGGGUUUUUUGGGGGACUGUGUUUGGGAUUUCCAAAAAAAAGCCCAAAAAAAAAAACCCCCCCCCUAUUUCCCCUUUUCCCCCUUUCCCCUCUUCCCAUCUCCUUUUCCAUUUUUCCCCCUCCCCAUCUCCCCUCUCCCCCCUUUCCCCUCUAGGAGUGCCCCAGCCUUUCCCCCCCCAAACCCGGGUUCCUCCCCCCCCCCCAGUGGUGGCCCGACCCCCCGAGUGUCUCUUAGAGAGGGGGCUCCUUGUUUAUGACCCCACCCCCCCACCGGGACCGGCCAUAAGGGGCCCCCGACCAGAGUAAAAAAAAACAGAGCCCCCAGGUAGGACCCCACCUACACUGUAAAUAUUUCCCCCUACCAGGGAAAACAGAUAAACAGGUAGGGGGAAAAAUCUACCCUGUAAAAUACCUCCGUACCAGGGUACCCCGAUUUCACAAAGGUUUUGGAACCCCAUCUACCCCGUAAACUAUUCCGUAACCCGAUACCAAAAUACACAGGUAGGAAACAAAACUACCCUUUUAAACAUCCCCCGUACAGAAACAGGGUUUCACAGGUGGAAAAACAUCUACCCUGUAAACUAUCCUCCGUACCAGAUACACAGGUAGGAACACAUCUACCCUGUAAACUAUCCUCCGUACCAGAUACACAGAUACACAGGUAGGAACACAUCUACCCUGUAAACUAUCCUCCGUACCAGAUACACAGAUACACAGGUAGGAACACAUCUACCCUGUAAACUAUCCUCCGUACCAGAUACACAGAUACACAGGUAGGAACCUAUCUACCCUGUAAAUUAUCCUCCGUAGCAGAUACACAGAUACACAGGUAGGAACACAUCUACCCUGUAAACUAUCCUCCGUACCAGAUACACAGAUACACAGGUAGGAACACCUCUACAGAUGCUCAGACAUCACAACUAAAGAAGGUGUGUUUUUCCCCCACCCUCCCCCCAGGUUCUCCAGUUCACGGCCAGCCUGUGAUCAUGGCUGCCCCGCCCCACCCCCUGCCCUCGGGGAUGGGUAAACCCCUAGCCUUGUUCGGUGGGGGACAGACCCUCCACAUGCUGCAGAGCCCCCCCAGUACCCUCACCAUGCUCCGUCUGGUCACCACGGCUACGGCCUCUCACCCCGCCAACGGGUACAUCCUCACCCCCGGGGGGGGACAGAGUCAUGGUAAUACCAGCGCUGGCCAGCAGGGAGCAGAGGGCAGCGGCGAGCAUAGAGGUACGGCGAGACUGUGGCCCAAUCCCAAAUGGACCCCUAGACCCUAGACAAUCUGAGAGGAUUUCACAGGUGUUGGUGAUACGGUGAUAUGGUAAUAUGGUGAUAUGGUGAUAUGGUGAUAUGGUGAUAUGGUAAUAUGGUGAUAUGGUGAUAUGGUAAUAUGGUGAUAUGGUAAUAUGGUGAUAUGGUGAUAUGGUAAUAUGGUGAUAUGGUAAUAUGGUGAUAUGGUGAUAUUGUAAUAGGGUGAGAUGGUGAUAUGGUAAUAUGUUAAUAUGGUGAUAUGGUAAUAUAGUGAGAUGGUGAUAUGGUAAUAUAGUGAGAUGGUGAUAUGGUAAUAUGGUAAUAUAGUGAGAUGGUGAUAUGGUAAUAUAGUGAGAUGGUGAUAUGGUAAUAUAGUGAGAUGGUGAUAUGGUAAUAUGGUGAUAUGGUAAUAUGGUAAUAUAGUGAUAUGGUAAUAUGGUAAUAUAGUGAUAUGGUAAUAUGGUGAUAUAGUGAUAUGGUAAUAUAGUGAUAUGGUAAUAUAGUGAGAUGGUGAUAUGGUAAUAUGGUGAUAUGGUGAUAUUGUAAUAGGGUGAGAUGGUGAUAUGGUAAUAUGUUAAUAUGGUGAUAUGGUAAUAUAGUGAGAUGGUGAUAUGGUAAUAUAGUGAGAUGGUGAUAUGGUAAUAUGGUAAUAUAGUGAGAUGGUGAGAUGGUGAUAUGGUAAUAUAGUGAGAUGGUAAUAUGGUGAUAUGGUAAUAUGGUAAUAUAGUGAUAUGGUAAUAUGGUAAUAUAGUGAUAUGGUAAUAUGGUGAUAUAGUGAUAUGGUAAUAUAGUGAGAUGGUGAUAUGGUAAUAUGGUGGUAUUGUAAUAGGGUGAUAUGGUGAUAUGGUAAUAUGUUAAUAUGGUGAUAUGGUAAUAUAGUGAGAUGGUGAUAUGGUAAUAUGGUGAUAUGGUGAUAUGGUAAUAUAGUGAGAUGGUGAUAUGGUGAUAUGGUAAUAUAGUGAGAUGGUGAUAUGGUAAUAUGGUGAUAUGGUAAUAUGGUGAUAUGGUAAUAUAGUGAGAUGGUGAUAUGGUAAUAUGGUGGUAUUGUAAUAGGGUGAUAUGGUGAUAUGGUAAUAUGUUAAUAUGGUGAUAUGGUAAUAUAGUGAGAUGGUGAUAUGGUAAUAUGGUGAUAUGGUAAUAUGGUAAUAGCUCUACCUUGCCCUCUGAUUGGCUAGGUGGAAAUUUAACCAUAUUGCUUCUACCAAUCAACUCCUCUGAAAUCUCCACAAGUGUAUUGUGGGUAGGGUCUAGGUCUCCAUUUGGAUAUGUUGCAUACUGUGUGUGUUUGUGUGUAUAGAUACAUAUAUACAUACAUACAGUGGGGAGAACAAGUAUUUGAUACACUGCCGAUUUUGCAGGUUUUCCUACUUACAAAGCAUGUAGAGGUCUGUAAUUUUUAUCAUAGGUACACUUCAACUGUGAGAGACGGAAUCUAAAACAAAAAUCCAGAAAAUCACAUUGUAUGAUUUUUAAGUAAUUAAUUUGCAUUUUAUUGCAUGACAUAAGUAUUUGAUCACCUACCAACCAGUAAGAAUUCCGGCUGUCACAGACCUGUUCGUUUUUCUUUAAGAAGCCCUCCUGUUCUCCACUCAUUACCUGUAUUAACUGCACCUGUUUGAACUCGUUACCUGUAUAAAAGACACCUGUCCACACACUCAAUCAAACAGACUCCAACCUCUCCACAAUGGCCAAGACCAGAGAGCUGUGUAAGGACAUCAGGGAUCAAAUUGUAGACCUGCACAAGGCUGGGAUGGGCUACAGGACAAUAGGCAAGCAGCUUGGUGAGAAGGCAACAACUGUUGGCGCAAUUAUUAGAAAAUGGAAGAAGUUCAAGAUGACGGUCAAUGGGCUCCAUGCAAGAUCGGUCUAGGGCUCCAUGCAAGAUCUCACCUCGUGGGGCAUCAAUGAUCAUGAGGAAGGUGAGGGAUCAGCCCAGAACUACACGGCAGGACCUGGUCAAUGACCUGAAGAGAGCUGGGACCACAGUCUCAAAGAAAACCAUUAGUAACACACUACGCCGUCAUGGAUUAAAAUCCUGCAGCGCACGCAAGGUCCCCCUGCUCAAGCCAGCGCAUGUCCAGGCCCGUCUGAAGUUUGCCAAUGACCAUCUGGAUGAUCCAGAUGAGGAAUGGGAGAAGGUAAUGUGGUCUGAUGAGACAAAAAUAGAGCUUUUUGGUCUAAACUCCACUUGGCGUGUUUGGAGGAAGAAGAAGGAAGAGUACAACCCCAAGAACACCAUUCUAACCGUGAAGCAUGGAGGUGGAAACAUCAUUCCUUGGGGAUGCUUUUCUGCAAAGGGGACAGGACGACUGCACUGUAUUGAGGGGAGGAUGGAUGGGGCCAUGUAUCGUGAGAUCUUGGCCAACAACCUCCUUCCCUCAGUAAGAGCAUUGAAGAUGGGUCGUGGCUGGGUCUUCCAGCAUGACAACGACCCGAAACACACAGCCAGGGCAACUAAGGAGUGGCUCCGUAAGAAGCAUCUCAAGGUCCUGGAGUGGCCUAGCCAGUCUCUGGACCUGAACCCAAUGGAAAAUCUUUGGAGGGAGCUGAAAGUCCGUAUUGCCCAGCGACAGCCCCGAAACCUGAAGGAUCUGGAGAAGGUCUGUAUGGAGGAGUAGGCCAAAAUCCCUGCUGCAGUGUGUGCAAACCUGGUCAAGACCUACAGGUAUGAUCUCUGUAAUUGCAAACAAAGGUUUCUGUACCAAAUAUUAAGUUCUGCUUUUCUGAUGUAUCAAAUACUUAUGUCAUGCAAUAAAAUGCAAAUUAAUUACUUAAAAAUCAUACAAUGUGAUGUUCUGGAUUUUGGUUUUAGAUUCCGUCUCUCACAGUUGAAGUGUACCUAUGAUAAAAAAUUACAGACCUCUACAUACUUUGUAAGUAGGAAAACCUGCAAAAUGGGCAGUGUAUCAAAUACUUGUUCUCCCCACUAUAUAGUACCGGUAUAUACACUACCGGUCAAACGUUUUAGAACACCUACUCAUUCAAGGGUUUUUCUUUAUUUUUACUAUUUUCUACAUUGUAGAAUAAUAGUGAAGACAUCAAAACUAUGGGAGACCCAUGGUGGCGGCGCACAAUUGGCCCAGCGUCGUCCAGGGUAGGGGAGGGAAUGGCCGGCAGGGAUGUAGCUCAGUUGAUAGAGCAUGGCGUUUGCAACGCCAGGGUUGUGGGUUCGAUUCCCACGGGGGGCCAGUAUAAAAAAAUAUGUAUUCACUAACUCUAAGUCGCUCUGGAUAAGAGCGUCUGCUAAAUGACUAAAAUGUAAAAUGUAAAAUGUAUAUAAUAAUAUAAUAAUAAUAAUAAUAUGCCAUUUAGCAGACGCUUUUAUCCAAAGCGACUUACAGUCUUGUGCGCAUACAUUUUUACGUAUGGGUGGUCCCGGGGAUCGAACCCACUACCCUGGCGUUACAAGCGCCAUGCUCUACCAAUUGAGCUACAGAGGACCACAUAUUAUAUAUACAGUUGAAGUCGGAAUUUUACAUACACCUUAGCCAAAUACAUUUAAUCUCAGUUUUUCACAAUUCCUGACAUUUAAUCCUAGUAAAAAUUCCAUGUCUUAGGUCAGUUAGGAUCACCACUUUAUUUUAAGAAUGUGAAAUGUCAGAAUAAUAUUAGAUAAUUAUUUAUUUCAGCUUUUAUUUCUUUCAUCACAUUCCCAGUGGGUCAGAAGUUUACAUGCACUCAAUUAGUAUUUGGUAGCAUUGCCUUUAAAUUGUUUAACUUGGGUCAAACGUUUCGGGUAGCCUUCCACAAGCUUCCCACAAUAAGUUGGGUGAAUUUUGGCCCAUUCCUCCUGACAGAGCAGGUGUAACUGAGUCAGGUUUGUAGGCCUCCCUGCUCGCACAUGCCUUUUCAGUUCUGCCCACACAUUUCUAUAGGAUUGAGGUCAGGGCUUUGUGAUGGCCACUCCAAUACCUUGACAUUGUUGUCCUUAAGCCAUUUUGCUACAACUUUGGAAGUAUGCUUGGGGUCAUUGUCCGUUUGGAAGACCCAUUUGCGACCAAUCUUUAACUUCCUGACUGAUGUUUUGAGAUGUUGCUUCAAUAUAUCCACAAUUUUCCUUCCUCAUGAUGCCAUCUAUUUUGUGAAGUGCACCAGUCCCUCCUGCAGCAAAGCACCCCCACAGCAUGAUGCUGCCACCCCCGUGCUUCACGGUUGGGAUGGUGUUUGUCGGCUUGCAAGCGUCCCCCUUUUUCCUCCAAACAUAACGAUGGUCAUUAUGGCCAAACAGUUCUAUUUCUGUUUCAUCAGACCAGAGGACAUUUCUCCAAAAAGUAUGAUCUUUGUCCCCAUGUGCAGUUGCAAACUGUAGUCUGGCUUUUUUAUGGCGGUUUUGGAGCAGUGGCUUCUUCCUUGCUGAGCGGCCUUUCAGGUUAUGUCGAUAUAGGACUCGUUUUACUGUGGAUAUAGAUACUUUUGUACCUGUUUCCUCCAGCAUCUUCACAAGGUCCUUUGCUGUUGUUCUGGGAUUGAUUUGCACUUUUCACACCAAAGUACGUUCAUCUCUAGGAGACAGAACGCGUCUCCUUCCUGAGCGGUAUGACGGCUGCGUGGUCCCAUGGUGUUUAUACUUGCGUACUAUUGUUUGUACAGAUGAACGUGGUACCUUCAGGUGUUUGGAAAUUGCUCCCAAGGAUGAACCAGACUUGUGGAGGUCUACACAUUUUUUUCUGAGGUCUUGGCUGCCAUAACAUCAUUUUCUGGAAUUUUCCAAGCUGUUUAAAGGCACAUUCAACUUAGUGUAUAUAAACUUCUGACCCACUGGAAUUGUGAUUCAGUGAAUUAUAAGUGAAAUAAUCUGUCUGUAAACAAUUGUUGGAAAAAUUGCACAAAGUAGAUGUCCUAACCGACUUGCAAAAACUAUAGUUUGUUAACAAGACAUUUGUGGAGUGGUUGAAAAAUGAGUUUUAAUGACUCCAACCUAAGUGUAUGUAAACUUCCGACUUCAACUGUAUAUCAUGGAUAUGUUGCAUACUGUGUGUGUGUGUGUGUGUGUGUGUGUGUAUGUAUAUGUAUAUAUACAGUGGGGAAAAAAAGUAUUUAGUCAGCCACCAAUUGUGCAAGUUCUCCCACUUAAAAAGAUGAGAGAGGCCUGUAAUUUUCAUCAUAGGUACACGUCAUCUAUGACAGACAAAAUGAGAAUUUUUUUUCCAGAAAAUCACAUUGUAGGAUUUUUAAUGAAUUUAUUUGCAAAUUAUGGUGGAAAAUAAGUAUUUGGUCAAUAACAAACGUUUCUCAAUACUUUGUUAUAUACCCUUUGUUGGCAAUGACACAGGUCAAACGUUUUCUGUAAGUCUUCACAAGGUUUUCACACACUGUUGCUGGUAUUUUGGCCCAUUCCUCCAUGCAGAUCUCCUCUAGAGCAGUGAUGUUUUGGGGCUGUCGCUGGGCAACACGGACUUUCAACUCCCUCCAAAGAUUUUCUAUGGGGUUGAGAUCUGGAGACUGGCUAGGCCACUCCAGGACCUUGAAAUGCUUCUUACGAAGCCACUCCUUCGUUGCCCGGGCGGUGUGUUUGGGAUCAUUGUCAUGCUGAAAGACCCAGCCACGUUUCAUCUUCAAUGCCCUUGCUGAUGGAAGGAGGUUUUCACUCAAAAUCUCACGAUACAUGGCCCCAUUCAUUCUUUCCUUUACACGGAUCAGUCGUCCUGGUCCCUUUGCAGAAAACAGCCCCAAAGCAUGAUGUUUCCACCCCCAUGCUUCACAGUAGGUAUGGUGUUCUUUGGAUGCAACUCAGCAUUCUUUGUCCUCCAAACACGACGAGUUGAGUUUUUACCAAAAAGUUAUAUUUUGGUUUCAUCUGACCAUAUGACAUUCUCCCAAUCCUCUUCUGGAUCAUCCAAAUGCACUCUAGCAAACUUCAGACGGGCCUGGACAUGUACUGGCUUAAGCAGGGGGACACGUCUCGCACUGCAGGAUUUGAGUCCCUGGCGGCAUAGUGUGUUACUGAUGGUAGGCUUUGUUACUUUGGUCCCAGCUCUCUGCAGGUCAUUCACUAGGUCCCCCCGUGUGGUUCUGGGAUUUUUGCUCACCGUUCUUGUGAUCAUUUUGACCCCAUGGUUUGAGAUCUUGCGUGGAGCCCCAGAUCGAGGGAGAUUAUCAGUGGUCUUGUAUGUCUUCCAUUUCCUAAUAAUUGCUCCCACAGUUGAUUUCUUCAAACCAAGCUGCUUACCUAUUGCAGAUUCAGUCUUCCCAGCCUGGUGCAGGUUUACAAUUUUGUUUCUGGUGUCCUUUGACAGCUCUUUGGUCUUGGCCAUAGUGGAGUUUGGAGUGUGACUGUUUGAGGCUGUGGACAGGUGUCUUUUAUACUGAUAACAAGUUCAAACAGGUGUCAUUAAUACAGGUAACGAGUGGGGGACAUAGGAGCCUCUUAAAAAAGAAGUUACAGGUCUGUGAGAGCCAGAAAUCUUGCUUGUUUGUAGGUGACCAAAUACUUAUUUUCCACCAUAAUUUGCAAAUAAAUUCAUUAAAAAUCCGACAAUGUGAUUUUCUGGAUUUUUUUUUCUCAAUUUGUCUGUCAUAGUUGACGUGUACCUAUGAUGAAAAUUACAGGCCUCUCUCAUCUUUUUAAGUGGGAGAACUUGCACAAUUGGUGGCUGACUAAAUACUUUUUUUCCCCACUGUAUGUAUGUAUAUAUAUAUAUAUAUAUAUAUAUAUACUCCCGGUCAAAAGUUUUAAUAUAGCCAUUUACAACAUUACCAAUGUCUACACUGUAUUUUAAUGGACCAAAAAAUUGCUUUUCUUUCGAAAACAAGGAAAUUUCUAAGUGAACCCCAAACUUUUGAACGGUAGUGUGUGUGCAUAUAUAUAUAUAUAUAUAUAUAUAUAUAUAUAUAUAUAUAUAUAUAUAUAUAUAUAUAUAUAUAUAUAUGUAUAUGUAUAUAUGUAUAUGUGUAUAUAUAUAUAUAUGUGUGUGUGUAUAUAGGGAUGUAAACAAAUUUGUGCCCAACAUUUGAGAGAAAUCAGCUUUUUGUGCGUCUGGAAUAUUUCUGGGCUCUUUUAUUUCAGCUCAUGAAACAUGGGACAAACACUUUACAUGUUGCGUCUGUAUUUUUGUUGAGUAUUAAUAUAUGAAUACAUGUCCUAUAUAGACAUGCAGCAGCAGACUAGGGAACGAGUGAUCCAGUCGUUGGAGGGAGCUUUACAUGUUGCGUCUGUAUUUUUGUUGAGUAUUAAUAUAUGAAUACAUGUCCCCCCAGACAUGCAGCAGCAGACUAGGGAACGAGUGAUCCAGUCGUUGGAGGGAGCUCAGCAGGGGGGUCAGGGGUCGGAGGGGCGUGGCCUAUCUCUGGGGCUGCACCAGCUCCCUGUCCGCCCCGUCACUCAGAACGGCAAACACACUGCCGUCGCCACGACUACCAGCGUCGCCAACGCUUACGGUACGGCUACCUUAGCAGCCAGUGUUUGUCGUUGACGUGGUUGGUAUGUUAAUGUCAUUGAUCUAUGGUGAGUUAUGUCUCAUUAUGUUGUUGAAGUUGACUUUCUCUCUGCACUCCCCCUCCCCUCCCAUCUCCCCUCCCCUCCCAUCCCCCCUCCUCUCCUCCCAUCCCCCCUCUCCUCUCCUCCCAUCCCCCCCUCCCCUCUCCUCCCAUCCCCCCUCCCCUCUCCUCCCAUCCCCCCUCCCCUCUCCUCCCAUCCCUCCUCCCCUCUCCUCCCAUCCCUCUCCCCCCUCUCCUCCCAUCCCUCUCUCCCCUCUCCUCCCAUCCCUCUCUCCCCCCUCAUCUCCUUCUCCUUCUCCUCUCCUUCUCCUCUGCUUUCCUCUCCCCUCCUCCAGCUCUGACCAGUCCUCUCCAGAUCCUGGCAGCCCAGGCCUCCAGCUCCCCCCCAGUCCUGGUGAGCAGACAGCCCAGCGCGGGGCCUGAUGUUGGGCCGGAGGUGCCAGGCGAGCCCCAGGCUAAGAGGCCUAAGAUGGAGGAGGACGACGAGGCGGCUCCUCCCAUGCAGCAGCCAGUCAUCGUGGCCAUGAGCUCUCAGCCACACGACAACAGGAAGUAGAACUUCUGACCUCUAACCCCCCUAACCUGGUGCCUAGAGGAAGGGGGGGAUCCUCUCUGGGUGAACCAUCUCACCAGUCUGACCCCUGGGUCCCAGUGUCUGCCGGUUCACCCUCUCAUCCCUGACCUCUAACCUCCUACUGAUGGCUGUCAAUUAACGAUCGCUGACCAGUCAUCCAUAACUCGUAUUGAUUAAUAACAGCCCAGUGAUCAAUAACUGCUAGAUGACGCCAGGUCCCUGACCUUUAACCCCUGAUGCCAGAUCUCUCCCUGUGGUGCCAUUUGGUGUCACGCACCCCAGGUGUCACCAGGUAGAUAAAGGUCUGCGGACCAAAUGGCACCCUAUUUUCCUACAUAAUAAAUAGUGCUUUAAGACCAAGGUUUGGUAAGAACCAGCAGACACCGUGGCCCAGGAGAGGAGGAGAGGAGGAGAGGAGGCCCCUGCAGGACCUGGUGUCUCUGGGGAGGAGGAGAGGAGGCCCCUGUAGGACCUGGUGUCUCUGGGGAGAGGGGAGGAGGAGAGGAGGCCCCUGCAGGACCUGGUGUCUCUGGGGAGAGGAGAGGAGGCCCCUGCAGGACCUGGUGUCUCUGAGGAGAGGAGAGGAGGCCCCUGCAGGACCUGGUGUCUCUGAGGAGAGGAGAGUAGGUCGGAGGGAGGAAGCUAACCUAAUUUAGACGGUCUGAUUGUGUUUAUUUUCAUCAUUAGAAGGUGCUGAGUUAUAACCUGGGUCAACUACACACACUGCAAAUACUCUGUACUAUACUGUAAUACUCUGUACUAUACUGUAAUACUCUGUACUAUACUGUAAUACUCUGUACUAUACUAUAAUACUAUGUACUAUACUGUAAUACUCUGUACUAUACUGUAAUACUCUGUACUAUACUAUAAUACUCUGUACUAUACUAUAAUACUCUGUACUAUACUAUAAUACUCUGUACUAUACUAUAAUACUCUGUACUAUACUAUAAUACUCUGUACUAUACUAUAAUACUCUGUAAUAUACUAUAAUACUAUGUAAUAUACUAUAAUACUAUGUAAUAUACUAUAAUACUAUGUACUAUACUAUAAUACUCUGUACUAUACUAUAAUACUCUGUACUAUACUAUAAUACUCUGUACUAUACUAUAAUACUAUGUACUAUACUAUAAUACUCUGUACUAUACUAUAAUACUAUGUAAUAUACUAUAAUACUAUGUAAUAUACUAUAAUACUCUGUACUAUACUAUAAUACUCUGUACUAUAAUACCCUGUACUAUAAUACAGUAGUUCUGACCUCUCCUCAGGGACCCCCAGACGUUCCAUGUGUUUACAUGUUAGUCAUUUAGCAGACGCUCUUAUCCAGAGCGACUUACAGUUAGUGAGUGCAUACAUUUUUCAUACUGGUCCCCCCAGUGGGAAUCGAACCCACAACCCUGGCGUUGCAAACGCCAUGCUCUACCAACUGAGCUACACGGGGCCUAAGCACACCUGAUUCAACCUGAUUCAACUGGUCAACUAAUUAUCAAGCCUCUGAUUGGGGUGAAUCAGGCGAGCUAGUUCAGAGCUACAACACCAUUGGUUGAAACGUCUGGGGUCCGCGAGGAGAGGAACCACUGCUAUAGGGUGUCUGACCCAGGUGUGGAUCCCAGCUGUGUGUGACCCAGGUGUGGAUCCCAGCUGUGUGUGUGUGUCUGUGUACAGUUUCAUAUUUUAGCAUUAUCAUGAUCAUUUUAUCCCUUAAAAAGCCUUAAAUGUUUCUACUUUUGUUUUUGUUUAUAUAGGGAGCUUUUACUUUUUAA